UUUUUGGUCUGAAGGUUGAAUUUCCAACUAGACUUUAUUUAAUGUUUGACACAAAGUGCAUGAAUAAAGUCACUAGAGAAAUCAUGCUCUCUCUUACACACACACACACACACACACACACACACACACACACACACACACACACACACACACACACACACACACACAAAGACAGAGAUAAAAUAUACUAACUAUAAAUGAAACAAGACUCAAUUCUCAUCAACUUCUCUAUGAAAUAUUCACAUUUCUUUGCUCCUGUUGAUAAAUAGUCAAAACUUCAACUGGAUUGUGUUGAUCAUUCACUCAAAUAAUGUACACAUAUUUGAAAUCAGGAAAACUGUAAAUAUACUUGUAAAAUCAAAAUUAUAUCUUCAGUUGGACACUUUGAAGCUCAAUAAUAUUCAAAAGACCCUUUUGAUCUAUAAAAAUACAAGAACAUUCCAUCUUUUGUUGGUCUGAUACUGUCAUUAUUUGGCUUUUACCCCCAAAAUUACUGAGUCAGUAUUACAGAUUAGAUUUAAAGUGGCCUAAAAGCUUUAAAAGGUCUGUAAAACUCAAUCUUUCAUUUUAAAGAACAUCUGUUUAAAGUAUUUCUGUUUUACAAUCAUGUCUCAGUGAAGUCCAAACAUCUGUCUGACAGCUGGAGUUGAAAAGAUUCAACAUUAAAGGAUCAAACUUUUAGUCAUUAAAAAUGAAUCACGGCAGUUUUUAAUUUUAAUCUUUUAUAAUUAUUGUUUAAAUAGUGAAAUAAAAUCAGGGACCGUUUAGUGCCGAGAACGGAGAGCUGUUAUCCCUGAAGUAAAGGUCUGUGUUUAACAUUCUCCCUGCAGAAUAAACAGCAUAAAUAUUCAUUACAAUCAUCUGAGAUAAUACAGCCUCUCUUUCUCUCCAUGUGGGGCUGCACGUGCUCUUUAUUGCAUCCUGCAGCGGCACAAAGGGGUUCUGCAGAGAACCAUCUCUGUGGUUCUGCACAGACUCAUUGUUCCUCUGAGUCUGAGGGGCGUCAACCCGAGAACACAGAGCCCAGUGUGCGGCCAGAGUCCGCCUUUGUGUCCGCACACAGCUCCGCGCUCUGCAGCGGGGACACACACAAAACCUCCCCGGACAGCAGGUUAGGAGACCCGCCUUCAUCAGCCGCCGCGCCCCACUGAUGGAGCAGAGGAUGGGGGUCCAGGAGGAUCCGUUUGCAGCACAAGAUCCGGAUCUGGUGUGUGAGUAGGGAAGAGGAAGAAAACUUGAAGCAACAGAGAGAAAAGGGAGGAGAGGAGGAGUGAGGGGCGUUUUAUUGUGAAGAGAAAAGACAGAGUCUGAACCUCCAGACGUCUAAUCUCCUCUGACAGGACCCUCAUCGAUCUGAUCCACAUGAAUCCGGAGCACAUGGAGGCGAAUGAGUCCUCCGGGAAUGGGUGUCCACACCUCGACUCAUCAGCCGCAGACAUGUCGCCAGAGAUCAGCGCAGAGAACUGCCUGGAGCUGCUGACUAAAGCCAAGAGCAGCGGCCAAGAGGGUGACCAAGAGCGGAUCUACCGCUUCAUGAGCGACCACUACCUGACGGUGCUGCGGACCCCCGGGCUGUUCGGCCGGCUCACCGCGGGGGAGAGGGAGCGCAUCCUAGCCCGCAGGACAGAGGGGGAGAGGGUGCUGGCGGUGGCGGAGACCUGUGAGGUACUGGACCGCGGGGGGAGCCGGGAGAACAGCCGGCCUCAGAGCCCGCAGCUGCCCGGUCCGGAGGACGCCCACCCCCGCAAGGUGUUCUGCUUUCACCCUGAGAGGCAGCGGUGGGAGGUGCUGACUCACCUGCCGGAGGAGGUCCCGGCUAAAGGCUCCGGGAUGUGCACCUUGUAUAACUACCUGUUCGUGGCGGGGGGGAUGAGGGCGCACGCGGACGGUCGCUCCAAAGCCUCGGAUAAGGUGUUCUGCUUCAACCCGCGGACCGGCCUGUGGAGCCCGGUCCGCCCGCUCAGCCAGCCCCGCUGCCAGCUCAGGCUGGUCUCCAUGGACGGCUUCCUGUACGCCAUCGGGGGGGAGUGUCUCUUCACGGUGGAGCGCUACGACCCGCGCGCGGACAGGUGGACUCCAGUGGCUCCACUGCCCAAAGGCUCCUUUGCGGUGGCCCACGAGGCGAUAUCGUGUGGCGGUGAGCUCUUCGUGUCCGGUGGCUCGCUAUUCUACCGCCUCCUGCGCUACGACUCCCGCCGGGACGAGUGGGAGGAGUGUCCGUUCAACGAGAGCCGCCGGCGCUCCACGGACAUGGUGGCGCACCGCAGCCUCGUGUACCGCUUCGACGUGGACCGGCAGCGCGCGGGGGUUAGCGUGUACAAAUACAACACUGUGGUGAAGGUGUGGCACGGAGGAGCCUUCUUCCCGCUCCAGAACCCGCACCCGUUCCGCUGCGCAGUUCUCGGAGACCGGAUCUACUGCGUGAACCGGAGCCAGACUCUGCAGUUCGAGGUGGGCGAAGAGCAGGAGGGUUACCUGCCGGAGGUGCUGCCUUCCCCUUCAGAGGCCAGAGGAGCCCUGGUGCCCUUUGUCCUCAGUCUGAACUAACAAUCGUAGAUGUGGACCUGGACUGAACUCUUCUUAUCUACCCUCCUCUUCCUCAGCUGUGCCUUCCUUUCUGUUCCUGGACUUUCUUUCCUGUUCCUGAGUAAAGGAGGAGAUGAGAUCUCCCCGUCUGCAGGAUGGAGGUCUGUGCUUUGAAUCUUGGAGACAGGAAUGAUGAAUGUCUGUGUUUGAUGCAGUUUUUCCAGACUGAAGGCCUAAGUUAGGUCUCUGUCUGCAAGAAAGUUCUGGAGCCGCUAAGUGAUUCACCUGAUAGUAGGACAUGUAAAAGUUUGAGGUCUCAGACUGUCUGGGCAGUGAUGUAUCCAAAGGGGGACAGGAAGGGGCCCUUCUGUCUAAACAUGCUGCAGAUUUGUCCUCCUGGAUUAAAGGGAUAUUCCAGUGUAAAACUGAAGUUAGGGUCAAACACACAGUAACACAGAGUUAGACACCCCCUCGAGAGAUGAUGUUGCCGAGUCCGACCGCUUGCUUCUCUAGUGUUAUCAACUAUAGUAAUGACCGCACGAUAGCAAUAUAAACAGUAGUCUCAGGAGCCACGCACUCAACCAAAAUGCCACUCUAUAGCCACAAAUAAUGCUCAGAACAGCACCUAACUUCAUCAACAGUACAUAUAGGGUCCCAGCCAUAGUACUAGCUACCAAACAUCUUUUUAACUUUGCCUGAUUUCUUUAACAAAGAGACUAAACACAACUCACCUACUCUCUUCCAGCAGCUGCUUGUUUGUAGGGAGACCUCGGGCCAGUCUAUUACAGACUACAGCGGGGUGACGCAGCUCAAGGAAGAACAUUUAUGAUCAGUACUUCAUGGGAAUGCAAUCAGACCGAGACGCUAAGGCAGAAGAACUACCGCAUCUGCAGUGCAAAAUGAUUAAUAUGGGUAUUAUUACUUCAAGGAAAUGAUAAAGAAAUCAUCACAAAUGUUCUUCCUUGAGCUGCGUCACCCCGCUGCACUCUGUAAUGGACUGGCCUGGAGGUCUCCAUACAAACAAACGGCUGCUGGAAGAGAGAGGGAGAGUUGUGUUUAGUCUAAAGAAAUCAGGCAAAGCUAAAAAGAUGUUUAGUGGCUAGUGCUAUGGCUGGGACCCUAUAUGUACUGUUGAUGCAGUUAGGUGCUGUUCUGAGCAUUAUUUGUGGCUAUAGAGUGGCGUUUUGGUUGAGCACGUAGCUCUCUGUAUUGCUAUCAUGCAGUUGUUGCUAAAAAUGGUUUAACUAGAGAAGCAAGCGGUCAGCAACAUUCAUCUCUCGACGGGAUGUCUAACUCUGUGUUAAGGUUGUGUUUGACCCUAACUUAAUUUUACAGCGGAAUAUCUCUUUAAGAUCCUGAUCAUAAACCAGCAUUGAUAAUUAAUUUAAUGCACAUAUGUUGGUCAGUCUAAAAUCAUUGACUGUAUUUCCUGUGUUACAUUUAUUGAUGGGGUUGGAUUAAAGCUCCGCCCUUUCAUUCAGUCCCUGCUCACUUCUGCUUUACUAACACACACUUUAUGCCCUUCAUCUCAGCCUCUGAUUUCAUAAUCUCCAGAUUCCCAGCUACCCAGGGUGCUCACCUAAAACUUUGAACAACCUACCCUCAUUUUUGACAACCUAGGCUUGGGCCCAUUGUGCAGCUGAACUCCCCUCCUUUCCUGUCUAACAUCACAAACUCAGUCCUGGACUUUAUGAAGAGGUGCGAUUGUUUGCAGCUGGGUGGAGUUAACAUACAGUCAUUGUUGAGUUCAGAUUUACAGGUUUAUUUUAAACCCCACCCACCCAACCUUCUUCAAACUGAUAAAACAUACACGCUCAGAGCAUGAGGUCAUCCUGGUUGAACAGAAAGGGUCAAAGGUCAUACAGACAUUAUUCUAUUUAUUGUAUUUAUACUGCAGUACAUUAAACAAACUAACCCAGCAUUAUAACUCUCAAUGAUCAGUAUAACCUAAUCUAAUCCAGCAGAAUGAAGUGAAACGUGCUCUGAAUAACACUCUAAAAAAAAGUAAUUUAAUGUGAUGAUUAAAAACCAAAGUCAACUCUUGACAUCUUGUUUGUGACUCUUAAAGGGUUAAUUUAUCUAAUGUUUGAAAUAUCUAACAGCCUGAGUAAUAUGUUUGUCAUGUGACUGUGAAUGUUUUUCUAUGACCUCAUUAAAUCCAAUCUGCCUCAUUACAUCAAA